UUUGCAAGUGCACUUGCAAAGCCUGGCGCCGCCUGAUCUUGAGCCCUCACUUUGCUCGGAUACACUAUGCAAGAUCGCAGACUAGCCUUCUAAUCAGGAAUUUGGACAGUUCAUGUGUGCCGAGAACGCUUUAUCUGAUUGAUCCGUCUGAAAUGGAUCUCAAGUCUUGUCUGGGAUGUGAUAAAGAACUUCAUUUAAGUCUUGAUGUCAAACUGAGGAUCCCUUUACGCAAUCCUCUAAUCGCACUUCAAAUGGAUGCUGUGAAGAAGAAGCGUCGUGUUAGACUGAAACUCACAGAUCAAAAGUUCAGGAUUGUGAACUCUUACAAUGGAUUCCUCUGUUUGUCUGAACCCUCAGCUAAUGAACCUGUGGCUGUAUGCAAUCCUGUCACUGGUGAAUAUGUAGAAAUUCCAGAGGGUGAUAAGGCUUAUGAAAACUUUGUGGAUUGUGGAUUUGGCUUUUGUCCAAAUACCAACCUGUAUAAAGUGAUCAGAAUAUUUGAUACGGGGGUUAAGAGGGCUAUUGAUUGCCCUAUUGCACAGAGAGAAAUGUAUUCAAGUAGAAUGGCUGAAAUACACACACUUGGCACACAAUCUUGGGAAAAUGUUGGGUAUGCACCUUCUUAUUAUGGUAAAUUAACAUCACCAACUUACUUGAAUGGAAAUCUUCACUGGUUGCAUGAGGGCUGGGACAGUUCAACCAUCAUUCUUUCCUUUGACUUUACUCAGGAAUGCUUCAAGAACUUCCCACCACCAAUGUUUGAGAUAUUGAAUUUUGAGUUUGCCUUGUGUGAUGUACGACAUAUGAGCAUGGGUGUGUUAAGAGGUGAUUUAUUUUUAUGCCAUGCUAGUCAUAAUUCAAUUAACUUCUGGGUGAUGGAGAAGUAUGGUGUUCAAGAUUCUUGGACUAAAUUGGCUAAGAUCCGAAAGUCAGCAUGGGAGCAUAAUUAUAUGUACCAUCCGAUUGAUUACCUGAGAUGUGGAUCACUGUUGAUUUUUCAUUACCCCAAGAAUAUGUUGAUACAUUAUGAUCUGAAGAGCAAAGAACGCAGUUAUUUUAAAGUUUGUGGGACUAGAUCGAAAUGUGAAGCUGUUUCUCUGAUUCCAAGCUUUUUCUCAUUCAAGGAAGCUGUGCAAGAAAAUAUAAGGGUGUUCAACAUCCGUUCAUUGGGCGCAAGGAUUAAACUUCAAGGUGAGAAUAAAGCUCUUUACGUAAGGGAAGAAGAUAAAGCAAAUAUUCCUUCUGAUAGCUCAACUUACUGGAGUGGAGAUGAUUAUGAUAGUGAAGAUUGGCCUUGGUAUUAGUUUUUGAAGUGCAUCAAGAGGGACGUUUGUGAUUGUGGAGACUGGCCUUGGUAUUAGUUUUUGAAGUGCUUGAAGAGAAACAAUGUUUUGAAACAUGAAUGGGUGUAGCUAUUUGAAGCUUAAGACUUAAAAAGACUACUAUUAUAUUUAUUAGGACCUAUUUUUAUUUGCCCUUAGAACAUAGGUUGCCUGAAAUUCUUGGAGCUGUCAAAAUUACUUCUUUUGUGACUGCAGUUCCCAGUUGCUUUUCCUUGGGGCAAAGUGUUACUAUUGGUCAUG